AUGACUUAUUCCGGAAGGAAUAAAUUUGAGAUAGCUCGGUUUUCUGGUGAAGAUGAAAAUCACAUUAAUAGAAAAUUGCCUAAGGAGUUACUCCUCAGGAUAUUGUCUUACCUGGACGUAGUUUCUCUCUGCCGCUGCGCUCAGGUAUCAAAAUUGUGGAACAUACUUGCUUUGGAUGGUUCCAAUUGGCAGAGGAUAGACCUGUUUGAUUUCCAGAGAGAUGUAGAGGGUCCAGUUAUAGAAAACAUAUCACGAAGAUGUGGAGGCUUUCUUCGACAGUUAUCACUACGGGGAUGCGAAAGUAUAGCGGAUGGCUCUAUGAAGACACUUGCACAGUCCUGUCCAAACAUUGAAGAUUUGAAUCUAAAUAAAUGUAAGAAAUUAACAGAUCAGACAUGUCAAGCACUGGGCAGGAGGUGCAACAAAUUACAAAGAAUUAAUUUAGAUUCGUGUCCAAGUAUAACAGACAUUUCGUUAAAAGCUCUUGCAGAUGGUUGUCCUCUAUUGACCCAUGUAAACGUGUCAUGGUGCCAAUCAAUCACAGACAAUGGUGUUGAGGCCUUAGCUAGGGGCUGUCCUAAACUAAAGAGCUUUAUUUGUAGAGGCUGCAAAAAUGUAAAUGACAAGGCUGUAUCAAGUCUAGCCACGCAUUGUCCAGAUCUAGAAGUUCUCAAUGUUCAAGGUUGUGACAACGUGAGCGACGAGUCGAUUUCGAAGCUGGGCGGCGGCAUGCGGCGCCUGUGCGUGUCGGGCUGCGCGCGGCUGACGGACGCGGCGCUGGCCGCCGUGGCCGCGCGCUGCCCCGCGCUCGCCACGCUGGAGCUGGCGCAGUGCAGCCAACUCACCGACGCUGGCUUCCAAGCACUCGCCAGGAACUGCAGAAUGUUGGAAAGAAUGGAUUUAGAAGAAUGUGUUCUGAUAACUGACACAACUCUGGUUCACCUCUCAAUGGGUUGCCCAAGACUUGAGAAGUUGACUUUAUCCCACUGUGAAUUAAUAACCGAUUAUGGAAUCAAACAGUUGUCCAUGUCACCCUGUGCAGCAGAGCAUCUUACUGUUUUAGGCUUAGACAAUUGCCCUUUAGUGACAGACGGAGCUUUAGAACAUUUGACUUCAUGUCACAAUCUACAAUUGAUUGAACUAUACGACUGUCAGAUGGUGACAAGAAAUGCAAUACGAAAGUUACGGAGUCACUUGCCCAAUAUAAAGGUGCAUGCAUACUUUGCGCCGGUGACUCCGCCCGUAGCGGGUGGUGGCGCGCGACCGCGCUACUGCCGCUGCUGCAACAUCAUAUGA